GCGCUAUGGCAAGUGACAGAGAGCUUCUUCAUGUGAUCCAGGACUUAAAGAGUGCAGUGACUGAUUUAAACAAAAACUACCGAGAACAGGGGCUGCCAGUGACAGAUGGUAGUUGGGAGCUGUAUCAGUUCUGUGCCCAGCUGGAGUUCUUGCUGCAGUAUGAUUUGAAAGAGAAGAAAAGCCUCUUUGGGCAGAGGAAGGACUACUGGGACUUUCUGUGCUGGGUCUUGACAAAGCUGCACAGUGGUGCACAUGCAGGGAUGGAACACAUCACCUCCCUUGACAAGCUGAAAACAGCUGUGGGGAAGGGUCGUGCGUUCAUUCGCUAUUGCCUGGUCCAUCAGCAGCUGGCUGAGACAUUGCAGCUUUGCUUCUUGGAGCCAAAGGUCACCAGUGAGUGGUACUAUGCGCGCAGCCCCUUCCUGGACCAAGAGCUGUGGCUGGACAUCUUGGGCUCUCUCUAUGAGCUGGAUGCCAUUGCCUUCCAUCUGGCACUCUGCAGAGCAGACCUGGAUGCUACAUGGCCUGUGGUCUUAAGGAUUUUGCCACAGGAUCCCAAGGAAACCGCUGCGCACAGCCAGGUGGAGAAGGCAACCUCCCAGGCAGGGAACUCCAACAGAGAUUGCAAGAGCCACCAAGGAGCCAAUGAAGACUGCAGGAAUCCAUCAGAAAUAAAGGACCACUGUGUCAUUCAGUCUACUGCUCCUAGCCUAUUAAGGCCGGGGCUGGAAAAUUCAAUGGAAAAAUGGAUUGGGGUCUGGAGAAGCAGAAAGAACAGUCUGCUCCAGAUGAGUUCUCUCAUAAAACGGAGUCCUUUUAUGGAAAGAGAUGCCCAGGGUUCAGCUUCUAUUAAAAAGAAGCUGGUGGAAGUACAAGGGGCAAACAGUGACUUGCAGGCACAGGUGGAAACAGAGCAUCCAAGCAAUGUAUUUUCCACCCAAGAACUAGGUCCCCUGCUACCAGGACUUUGCCCUUAUAGGAAGCCUGAGAGAUCACAUCAGGGGCCCACGGAAGGUGUCAGCCAGUGGAAACAACAGGACUUGGGGGUAUUGAUGUGGGAGCUUGGGGCUUUACAACAGAAGAUGUCCCAGCAACAAAGGGAAAGCACAAGCAUAAGACAAGCCCUUUCUGAGGAAAACAGGGCUCUGAAAGAAGAGCUGGCAAAACAGGAAGAGAAAAUGGAAGGGAAGGAAAAACAGCAGCAGGAGCUCACCAAGGCCAUAGGAGCCCUCAGAGAGGCAGAACGUAAGAUUGCUAAUCUGUCCAGUGAAUGCCGGGAGGCUUGGGACAAGAAAGUUGCAGCUGAAAAGUCUCUAGAGGAGGCACAUCAGCGGCUGAGUUCUCAGGAGGUAGAGAGAAGAAAGCACCUGGCGGACAUUGAGGCCCAAGAACUGAGGCGGCGGCAACUGACAUCUCGAUGUCAAGGACUGCAGGAGAAACUGAAGAUGUGUGAAGAGAGUCUGAAGAAAUGGGAAGCUCAGGCAGUUGCCCUGCAAAACCAACAUGGCCAUCUGGAAACAGCAGAGGAACAGCCAGAAGAGCUGACUUGCAGACUAGCAGAAAAGGAAGAACAGUCAGCUAUGCUGGAGAAGGGACUCCUAAGAGAGAAAUUAGGGAGAAGUCUUGGUGAGAUAGAGGCCCUUGAGAGGGAGAAGGAGACUCUUAUUGAAACUCUGGUCUCUCAGGAACAGAGUCUGGUGUUUUCAAAACUUGAAAUUCAGGAUCUUCGGAAGGAGCUAUCAGCAUCUCAAGAGCUUCUUGUCACCCUUCAGAAUUCUUUGAUGGAGCAGGAGAAAGACUUGAGGAAUAGGGACGUAAUAGCUGAGAACUUGCAGGGAAACUUAAAUGACCAAUUAGCUGAGCUUCAGAAAGCCCUGGAGAAAAACACUGCACUGAAAGAGGAGUUGGAGGAAAUGGUCAGCAAGAACUCUCAGCUGGAAGGACAAGUUGUUGAACAGCAAGUCAGAUGGGAAAAAAAUUUCCAUGAACUGAGGAGCCAACUGGGAACUUUAGAAAAGAAGGCAAACAAACUGGAAGAGGAGAAGCAGAAUCUCCAGGCCACACUACAACGAGCCCUUGAAGAAAAAGAGGCUUUGGAGAAGCAAGUUCAAAGCACUACUGCCACCAUGGAGACACGGACCCAUGAGGCCACACAGCUUAGAAAUGCACUGGAGAAGCUGACAGCCACCAGCCAAAUACUACAGAAAGCCUUGCAAGAGAACAAUGAAAUUGUGGUCUCAGACCUAAAACAGGAGUGUCUGAAGUUGGGAAACCAAGUGAAGGAACUGGAGCUUGACCAAAUGAAAGCCACUAACAUAGCAGAGAUGCUAAGUAUAGAGCUGGAACAGUGCUGGGAGUUGCCAACAGAAGACGUUGCUCAGCAGAAGGCACUGGCUUCUACUAUCACUGUCCUGGAUCUAGCAUAUGAAACCAGAGGUGAAGAAGUCAAGGCCCUAGCCAAUGAGAGGAGCAUUACAGAAAGAAAUGGUCGUGGAAUGGCAGAGUCACAGCAGGCAGAAAAAGCAGCUCAGAUGGAUGUACUGCAAAACUGGGGAAAAGCCAUCAUGAAGGACACCAGUACAAAGCCCAGAAUGGAAAUCCAUGGGAAGUGUCUAACUAGCCAUUUGGACAAAAUGGUGGAUGGUGUUCAGAAGGCUAAGCAAAUGCUGGUAGUCAAGGAGAAAGAAAUGAUGUGCCUCAAACAGCAGCUGAGCUGGUCUCAACAGGACAAGCAAAAGGAGCGACUGCUGCUGAAGGAAAUCCAACAAGAAUUGCAGGAAAAGGAAAAUAAAUACCAAAAGAAGCUGUCCGAACAGGAGGAAUUAAUCUGCAGCUUGAAGGGAAGGCUGGUGGAGCUACUGCGGGAGAAGGAUGCCCUGUGGCAGAAGACUGAAGGCCUCACCUCCUCCAUGGCGGGCUCAGCUCCUCAGAUCUCAGGAGUGUGUGCUCACUGCAAAAAGGAUUUCAGGCUCACGUCACGCCGAUACCAGUGCAGGUUAUGCCGCAGCACCGUGUGCCAUGCUUGCUCUGUGAGCAGUGGGCACAGGGAGCACUGCUGCCUUCCAUGCUACCAGGAGAGAAACAGCCAAGGCACCUGACCACAGAUUUUAACAAGCUGUCGUGUUCCCCCAUCUGUGAGUCACCCAGUGAAGAGAC